CGUCGACAUCUCGUUAUCAUCGUGAUCUUAAAAUGCGGCUGCGACUUAGUUGGUAGGCAGAAUUGUUCCAUUUCAAUCCCUAAAGACACCUCACAGGCACGGAGUGUGUCUGGAAGCCUGCUUUGAGUCGCUUAACCGGCUCCGCCGUUAAGCUGAAUGAGUUAGUCUGGCGGGUUUGCCGAUCCACUGGGCAGAAUCGUGCUUGGCGGCUGAGGGAGGCCUUCGCCUCAGUUCACGCCCGGGUGCCUGGGGAAAGUGUUAAGUUGAGACUCAUAAACUCUCAUAGCUCAUAUUUUUUUUCACGAGACUCCAGAUUGUGUCCAGACCACAACCCACUCAACUUAAAAGUACGCCGCACCAAACUUCAUGAAGAUGGGAAACGAGGGCGAUCCGGGGGUACAGGUCGGAUACGCCAGCGCUCCCCAUUCACAAUGGAGGGCCACUGGAACCAAUGGAUCCAGGUUUCCACCACCGCUACCAACAGCGCAAUCUUGGACAGGUCAUAAUCACAACAAAGAGAAGACUUGGAACUCGGCAGGCACGUUCAGCUUGUUCAAGACCCUUGGGAAUAGCAAGAAUAGUGCAUCGACUAGUUCUCGUCCGCCUGUAAGGUCUCGCGUGUGGCCGGUGUCGUCGCCGGGGUGGUUCAAGCCAGAAAAUGGUGGGACGGUGAUAUUUGCGGGCCAUGUAGUCCUCAUCAUCUUCGAGGCCAUCGCCGUUGUUAUCUCCUCGCAGAGCCUCGAACGGGUCAAGAAGUUUCCGAGUCUGGUUCUUAGGGCCGAGCUUGCGUGCUUGUUAUCGCUGAUAUCCAUGUGCGCCGAGGUUGGCAUUUGGAUCAUGACCACCUUGGCGGCGUGUUCUUACGUCGGGAUGGCUCUCUCUGCCGCGUGUGCCGCCCUCCUAUGUCUUAAUGCCACCGCGACGGGAUCAUAUCUCAUUUUUGCGAUGAGGGCCAACUCAGACAAGGCUCUCUGCGAUGAGUACGGUAAGAACUCCGCGGAGUGCUGGGCUGGACUGAGGAUGGGCAUGGCGGUGGGCGUGCUCCGGGUAUUGCUGCUACCAGUUGGCGUUGUGAUUGUGACUGGAUACUUCAUGCGCAGGAGAUCGAAGAAAAAUAAGAGAUGAGCGGUGCCAAGUAGAAGAAAAGCAACACGCAGGCCGAACUCGCGGCGUUCAG